AUGUCACAUAGAGUAGCAAUGAAUCCACCAGUAGGUGGACACUACUCCAUGCCCACCAAUAUCUAUGGUUAUCCAUCAGCAGCAGCACCACCAGCAGCAGCAGCAGCACAUCAUCAUCCAACUCCACAUCAAUACCAACAAGCACCUCCACAAUAUCAUUAUAUCGAUGGCAGAGCACCGCCUCCCGAUCGAUCUUAUCAAUUCUCAUCGGCACCAUACCCAUCACAAUACAACCAAAAUAUAAAGCAACAAGCACCUGGCUUCAGUUUGUAUGGUUCAUCGUCUGGCAACGAUUAUUACCAACAGAAGCAUAAAUCACCACCACCACAAUCGAUUUCACAGAGUCUAUCACCAUCACUUUCACUUUCAACCAGCAACUUAUUGGAUCUUGAGGAUGAUCCAUUGAAAAAGAAGAGAAAGAGAACAUCUCCGGAUCAACUAAAGAUUUUAGAGAGAAUAUUCCUUGCACAUCAACAUCCUAGUCUAAACUUGAGAAAUCAAUUGGCCAUUGAGCUCGGAAUGACACCGCGUUCUGUUCAAAUAUGGUUCCAAAAUAGACGUGCCAAAGCCAGAAACAUGGAGUUUAGACCACCUUUGACCGGAUCAUCGGAGCAUCUCUACGAUUCACUCACUGGUCUUUCCUCGAUAAAGGGUGAUGUAUAUUCAAAUAUAAAUGAUAAGCAAUCGGGAUCAAGUUCGCCAGGUGACAAAUCCCCAUCGGUAGCAUCAAUAUGGAAUCGUAUUUUGCUACACCCAGGAAAUGCCGAAAGCCUCCUUCGCUACAAUCCAGAGGAUCCAAACUCUAUCGAUGUCAACACUAGAGACAGUCGCGGUCUCUCACUUUUGUUUACAGCCGCUGUUCUUGGAUACGAGUUCCAAGUUCGAAGACUUAUUGAAAGUGGUGCCGAUCCAAACAUUCGUGAUAACCAGGGAAACACCCCGAUACUUGCCGCAUCCCUUUUGGGAAAUAUUCACAAUGUGGAGUACUUACUCCAAUAUGGUGCCGAUCCUAACCUAGUUAACGAUGAGGGUGUUUCUCCUUUGUACGCAGCUGCCAAGAGUGGACAUACCAACAUUGUGCGAUGUCUCCUCGAAAAUCAUGCCGAAGUUUCCACACGUCACCAGACCACUGGUGAAACACCUCUACAUAUCGCUUCUCUUAAGGGCUCUGAACGUAUUUGCCAAUUGCUUUUGGAGAACGAAGCGAAACCCACUGUACUCGAUGUAAAUAACUACACACCACUUCAUCAUGCCUCAAUCAUGGGACACAUUGGUAUUGUCAAACUUUUAGUCAAGUAUGGUGCCGAUUUAGAAUCUCUUGAUCGCGAAGGUCACACUCCAUUACAUACCGCCUCACUCAUGGGUAACGAUUUGAUUGUCUCUUAUCUUUUGGAAAAAGGAACCAACCCCAACAUUCAAGACAAUGAAGGAUUCUCUCCAAUUCAUUAUGCCAUCAGAGAAGGCAGAAUUGAAACUGUAAAAAUAUUAAUUAAAAAUAGAUCCAAUUUAGAUUUAAGUACUUGUAAUAAACAAAACGCCCUACAUCUUUCUGUACAGUAUGGAACUGUCAUGAUGGGACAACUAAUUUUUGAUAAUUAUCAAGGAAAAAUCGAUGUCUUGGAUGACCAAGGACACACACCACUAUAUUUGGCUGCCAAGACAGGAAAGUUUAAUUUUGUAAAAUAUUUAAUCGGUAAGGGCUCAUCUGUAAAGUUGGCUCUAGAGAUCAUGCAGAGAGAAGGAGAAGACAAGGAGAUUAUGGAAAUACUUUUAAAGAAUUCAAAUCAUUCCAGUGGAAGCAGCCAGGAAGAAGAUGAGAAGUCUAAAGAUAACAAAAAGAGAGAUAGACACAGCUAUGAUUCAAACAACUACAACAACCAACAUUCACAUUCAAUCAACGAAAUCUUAGAUAACGACGAUAAUGAAGACUAUUACAACUCGUACUCUGGUAGAAUCAUAAGCAACUCUCACAGUUACCAAAGUCAAAACCAAUCUUAA